AUGCCUCCCAUUCCCAAUUUUUUGGCACUUACCCUACUUAUUGCGGCCGCCACAGCAACAUCACAACGUACAAAAUGUGCCCUCGAAUGCUAUGAUCGAUGUUUGGCAACAGGAACGCAACUCCCUUCACAGUGCAACUGCCCUGUCCAAAACAAUUCAUUUCGGACCUGCAAUUCGGUCGCUGAGAAGCUGUCCAAAGCUGAUGUCGCCUCCCAAAUCCCAUCAGCCAUUGUCGAAUACCUAAAUGCGCACACCAUCAAAAUCGCACUAGAGGAGUUACCAUCAGCUUUUGUAUACAUCUUUGAAUUCGCCAUCGUCGGCGCCGCUCAACCGGAGGAUUGGAAAUUCGCUGUAGCCUCCUCCCACGAGCCGACUGUACAAUUUACGGUCGGCGACCCGUGCCAGGACUAUCAGUUUCGGGUGUUUGUGGUGAUGAGAUCUACUGACCCGUCUACGCCCUACGUACUACUCCGCCCUAGAGUUAUCCCUCGAAAAUUGCCACCAUUUGCGAUUGAUCCCGCACAGAUUACUGUCGCUGAACCAAAACCCGCAAACAACCCGGAACAACUAAUAGUUAAUGUACAGUGGAGCCUCCCAAAGGGCUUUGACGAUUCUGACAUCUACGGCUAUGAAUCCCCGGCUGUCUACCCAAUCCAAUGCAAAACCCCCGAGGAAGAGCUCUCCGUACCCAGAAUCGAAAUCCUUCCUGGUGGCGGCCAGAUGGUUGUUAAUCUACCGUCUGCUAUUUUAGAAGCGAGAUGUCGGCUUUGGGUUGAAGUACGAAUGUUGCCAAAAUGCGCACGAUUGCAACCAUUUUUGGUGCAGAAAUCCUUAGAAUUGGACUGCGACAAAAAUCCUACGCUGGAAGUUUGUAAAAGAGAUGCACAACCAAUCUGCACGUCCGUAAUCGACAUCUGGGGAACAGCCGGAAAAGCGACAAUUAUGUGGUCAGCACCGGAUCAAAGAAAUCCUCUUUAUUACCAUGUACGGUAUGGCCCGGCGCAGAUGCAGGGCACCCCACCCGUGGCCACCUGGCAAAUCGUGCAAAAACGAGACGUAAAGGUGCAGGGCACCGUCAAAUCGUUUGCCCUGGACCUCGUUGAGGAUACAGACUACGGUGUUCAGGUGUGCGCAAUCUAUUCGCCACAUCGGCAGCGGGCCAAGCUUGGACUGGUACCAGUUACGCCAUUUAUAUGUACGAGCUGCACUAAUACUCCCACCCAUAGCGUUGGGCGAUGCGGAGAAUGCACAAAAAUCGAGCCAUCUGAUCUCGUGCUCGAAAGCCCCGAUUCCGCGGGAGCGCUCGACGAUGAAACGGAAGAUGCCACAAUGGCCCCACGGAUCGUGGUCCCCGAAACGCAUAGCCAGAUUCCGAAACCAAACGAAAAAAGAUCUCAAACCGUUCUCCGAAUGGAAGCCGACCUCAUAGUACAGGAAACUAAAGACGGAAACCCGAUGCUACGAGUGGAGAAUGAUGUACCGACCGCCAAGAAAAUUGCCGCCCAUGCAGCCGAAGCCAAAAAUAUCGCUUCCGAAUACCCAAUCCUUCAUGAAGAGCUUGAUACAAAUUCGGCAAUUGGAGGUUUAAACUGGGGUUGGGAACAACUUCAAAAACGGUUAUCGGAUCAGCAAGAUGCCACAAAAACAGCCGAGAGCAUCAUCACAACACUUGCAACUUCAACCGAGUCCACGCAAAGAACAACACAUCCCGUAUUUACGCAAGAAAUUCGUAAAUUAAAGGACCUCCCUCCUGGAAUUUUGACAUUCGAUGAUUUUGGAGGAAAAUCUCAAACUACAGUGACCAGUACGACAAGUACACCGACGACCACUACUGUCAGCUCAACCUCAGCUACCACAACAAAAGAAACCCCUCCACCCAUUCCAACGACUCGACCACCGACUUCAUUGGAAUUAAAAGUAGCUGGCAUCAGAACUAGUGAUAUGCAUGAGCGGCGACUCCCAUUACCUGGAUUCACUUUUGCAGAGAGAAAGGAAGCGGAAUGCCCACAAUUAACGCAUAUCACGUUGUCGUCUGGUGAAUGUAUCCCAAAAUCGAUGGUGAAUCGUGUGGCAUCCAGUUGUUUGUCGAAAACUGUGGUCAACGCUACUUGGGAAAGAGAUACGAAUACACUACAGGUGAAAAGUCGUGAUGCCCGUCAAGAAUUGGCCCGCCUCCAAGCCGUCGAUGCGAUUUUUGUCGAAUUUGGCCCUGUUGAGCCCGCCGUCGCGCAGAUCGCAGCCAAUUUAUCGAUUGACGGAUUCGCGUUUUCUAAAUCCUUGACCCAACAUCAGAGAAUGGUCGUCCCAAUUCAGGCAAAGAAAAAUGGACUCAACCAGACGUUAGAUUUGGGUGAAAAUAUUUAUGGGAUUCGGUUGUGUCCUUAUAAUUCGACCCAGAUUCGAAACCCAUUCUCACAAAACUGGGAUGGUGAUGGAGGGAAUGGAGAUCGGAGUUUACAGGUAAUCCAAGUCAGCCGGGUUCACUUCUCAAAACGUGCCCUGCUUGCCGGAGACCACAUCCCGAUCCCAGAAAGCUACUGGAACAUCGUUUUUACGAUCGGGAAAAUAGCGUUGCUAAUUGUGCUGGUAUUGAUCAUGAGCAUUUUGGUCUACCUAAACUGUACGAAACUGAAAGUGCUCUACGACCGGAAACGAACGCAUUACUUUCGGCCCUAUUUUGUCGACCCAGUGCAUGUGACUACAGUAACACGGCCAUAUGGCGCCGACUCGAUGAUCCAUCAAGAUGUCGGACAUGUUAACCCUGCUAUCACGCCAACACGCUCCUACAGUACCCAACCAGCCGCUGGUGGCGUCCAAAUGUAUGCAAAACGAAGAAAUUUACUC